GACCGAGACGGCAACGGCCACAUCGAGGCCAGGGAGCUGUCGAGCGUCAUGCGACGCCUCGGGCUCAAGGCUAGCACGGAAGGAACAACUCAGAUGAUGGAUGCGGCAGAUGUGGACGGGAACGGGCAGAUUGAGUUUCCAGAGUUUGUGCUCAUCAUGGGCAAGCGGGUUCUCGAGGAGGACGGCAGGGUGGAGCUCGAGUGUGCUUUCCGACUCCUUGCACAACAAGGGUCUGGGCUGGUGAAAGUAGAGGAUGUGAAAGCGCUGCUGACGACGGCGGGCCAG